GGCUACUGUAUCCAUCCAGGGUCCCUGCUUUGAGGAGGCAGCAUUAGACAUGGAGGGGAAUACCUCUGGGAGCAGCCAACCCAGGGCAGACGAGCGCUUGAGCAGAUACCUGAACAGCACUGAGGAAUACCUAGCCUUCGUUUGCGGCCCGAGACGCAGUCACCUGUUUCUGCCCAUGACUCUGGUGUACAUGCUCAUCUUUGUGGUCGGGGUGAUUGGCAACCUCCUGGUCUGCCUGGUGAUUCUGAAAUACAGGACGAUGAAGACCCCCACCAAUUACUAUCUCUUCAGUCUGGCUCUUUCAGACCUCCUGGUCCUGCUCUUUGGGAUGCCCCUAGAGAUCUACGAGAUGUGGAGCAACUACCCCUUCCUCUUCGGUCCCGUGGGCUGCUACUUCAAGACGGCCCUAUUUGAGACGGUGUGCUUCGCUUCCAUCCUCAGCGUCACCACGGUCAGCAUCGAGAGGUACAUCGCCAUCAUCCACCCAUUCCGGGCCAAGCUGGAGAGCACCAAGAGGCGUGCGCUCAAGAUUCUCAUUGUCCUCUGGAUCUUUUCCAUCCUCUUCUCACUCCCCAACACCGGCAUUCAUGGCAUCCAGCUCCAUUACUUCCCUAACGGUACCCAGGUCCCAGGCUCAGCUACCUGCACUGUGGUAAAACCCAUGUGGAUCUACAACUUUAUCAUCCAGGUGACCUCGUUUGUCUUCUAUAUCCUCCCCAUGAGUGUCAUCAGUGUGCUCUACUACUUGAUGGGGACCAGUCUUAGGAGUGACAAAUCUCUCGAAGCUGAUGAUAUGGCUAUGAAUGUACAGAGACCACCCAGGAAGUCAAUCACUAAGAUGCUCUUCAUCUUGGUUCUAGUAUUUGCUAUCUGCUGGGCUCCGUUCCACAUAGAUCGUCUCUUCUUCAGCUUCGUGGAGGAGUGGACAGAGUCUCUGGCUAAUGUGUUUAACCUUAUUCAUGUGGUGUCAGGUGUUUUCUUUUAUCUGAGUUCAGCUGUGAAUCCCAUCAUCUACAACUUACUAUCUCGACGUUUCAGGGUGGCUUUCUUGAAUAUGCUCUCCCCCUUUUGCAAAAACUGGCCUUCUAGGCAUACCCCUACUAGGUACCCUGCCCAGCCCGGCAGCUUCACACCAAGAGACCGUAAUCUAGUGGACUCACCUGAAGAUGCCAGUCCUUCCUUCCCGCAUCGUUCCUCUGUCUGCAGUUCUCACCUUUCUACCAUCCUAUGACCUUGUCAGCCAAAGAAUGGGACCGUCGUGUGAAAAUUCUAGCAGUGGGUAAUUGCUGAAGAAAAGGUAUUCUUCUCCAGUGAGGGCAAUUUUGAAGUGUGGACUUUGCUCUGUGGAGGGCAGGAGAUGCCCUUAGUACCCAAAUUGUAUCUCUUUUCCAGAUUGGAGUUCCAACCAUUAAGACUCUAAGGUCUGAUCUCAAUCACUGGGGAAUGAUCUCAAAUUGCUCCAUCACCCAGAUUUCUCAUGCAUACCUACUAAGCCCAAAUAGCAUAUAAGUGAGUUCAACUUCAGGGCAGGAUUCAAGGUACACUCCUUUUUUCACCUGAAUGGAAAGGCCAGAUAGGGUGGAGGAUAUUGAUAGAUCAAGAUAAACCAACUGAAUUCUGUAUUUUUGAACUGACUUUUAGAACAAUAAUCACAAUUGUAUAAAAGCAGUAAGUCUUAGCAAAAGUACAUGGGACUUAGGUUUUCUCCAUGCCUGGGGCUCUAGGCAUCCCCACUGACCUGAAUUUACACAACUAUAAAGUUUUGCAGAAUCAAUCUUACUUAUUAAGGGAUUUCAGGAUAAUCAUAUUUAUUUAGAGCCUUUGUGCAGAGCACAGUA